GUUACAUAAUUUGGACAUUGCUCUGUCAAGCCUUUCGUAAAAACUCAAUAUCAAUUCCCCUCUCGUGGUUAUUUUGUCAUGUAUUCAUUCAUAUCGCUCAGGGGAUUAUUAACUGGCGUACACAGGUAAUAGGAAGUCAGUGACCGGAAAUUGCGUUGCGGUAAAGAUCGAGAUAACGACACAAUGCAGUCUUCUCUCAGCCUAGUUCCUGCUGCCGCUGCUUGCUUUUAUUCAGUCACCAGAAGUGGCUGUGAGCCAAUGGAGGAGCCAGUGGUAGCAGGACCUGGGGCCAGUCUGCUGGUUAACCGAGGAACGACUCUUAACAACACACUUUGGGAGGAAGUUACCAAGUCGUGCCGGGACAGACAUGGACGCUGGACCAACCCCUGGCCCACAUGGCGGUUCCCUUCCAAUGCCAGGCUGCUCAAGUUCCUGCUGUGGGACACAGACAACAGCAACGUGCCAACCAGCAAAGAGGUCCUAGACGAAGAGCUCCCGGUGCUGGUCCCGUACUUCGCCCGGGGAGGGGCCGUGGACAGUGCCCCCACAGGGCGUGGCCUCAGGGUCACCUGGCUGGGCCACGCCACCACAUUGGUGGAGCUGGACGGACUCAGCGUCCUGACGGACCCCGUCUUCAGCCUGCGGGCCUCGCCAGUCCAGUUUAUGGGUCCCAAGAGGUACCGGGGCCCCCCCUGCACCGUGGAACAGCUGCCCCCCAUAGACGCCGUGGUGAUCAGCCACAACCACUACGACCACCUGGACCAGGGGACGGUGAACGACCUCAACGCACGCUUCGGAGCGGACCUCUACUGGUUUGUGCCACUGGGCCUGGCGGACUGGUUGGGGAAGGCGGGUUGCCAGAAUGUGAUGGAGCUGGACUGGUGGGAGGAGAGCUGUGUCCCAGGGCACCCUGACACCACCUUCGUCUGCACCCCUGCACAGCACUGGUCCAAGCGCACCCCUCUGGACAACAACCAGGCCUUGUGGGGCAGCUGGUCCAUCCUCGGCCCCCAACACCGAUUCUUCUUCGCGGGCGACACCGGCUACUGCUCCUCCUUCGCCGAGAUCGGACUCCGCUACGGACCCUUCGACCUCGCCGCCAUCCCCAUCGGCGCUUACCUGCCCAGAGAUGUGAUGCUGGGACAGCAUGUGGACCCAGAAGAAGCGGUGCAGAUCCACGAGGACGUCCGGGCAAAACACUCUGUGGGCGUCCACUGGGGGACCUUCGCCCUGGCACACGAGCCCUACCUGGAGCCCCCGGUGCGACUCCGCCAGGCCCUGGAGAGGAAGGGCCUGCAGCCGGGCUGCUUCUUCACCCUGCAGCACGGGGAGUCCAGGACCCUGCAGUAGGACCCUGCACCCUGGGAGUCCAGGACCCUGCAGUAGGACCCUGCACCCUGGGAGUCCAGGACCCUGCAGUAGGACCCUGCACCCUGGGAGUCCAGGACCAUGCCCUCCAGGGAAGGAGGCGCCUUGGACUGAGGGCAGAGCCAAGGACGCAAGAGCGUUCCGUUGGUCAUUUUGGAUCAGUCACACUACUGCCGUCACCUGUGUUUAGGACACCGCAUCUGAAAACGGCUUCAUCCUUUAGAAGUCCAAAUUUGUUCUUUAAAUGUUGAUUAUUUUUCAUGUUCUUGGCCCUGGGACAAUCUCCGAAUCACGCAAUCAAGAUUGAGAGAGCAGGUUGUUUUUUCGGCACAAGGAAGUCGGUAGAUAUUGACCUGACGCAAAUGAUACGAGAGAGAUAUAGAGAGAUAAGGCCUUUUUCUUAACCUUGAAUAAAAGGUUGGUUUCGUUCAGUUGAAAGCCAAAUGAUCUCAUCCUGCUGAUUUGCAUGUAGGUCCAGGAAGAAGUGUGUCAGACUGUUUUCAUGAUGUGGGUUUUUCAGAAAAAGCCAGUUCAGUUAUCUGGUUUCAUGUGAAUGAGGAAACACACUAAGUUUUGCUGUCUCGCUGGUUAACUGUGGUCUCGUAUGGUUGCUCUAUGUUUGUGAUAAAGAAAAAUCUGUUACAAAUUUCGUAAAAGUUGAAUGUAGACACACUGGAUCUCAAUGUUGUACCCUCCUACUACAUGCAACCUGUUGAACGUGUGUGGAUGCCAUUUUUGGUUGUUAACCUUGCACACUGCAAUAACAUUUCAUUAUCUUUUUUACAGCAGCAGAAAGAAUAUAGAGGUACAAAGUUUGGUUAAAAAAUUUAGCAGUAUUAAAAUUGGCUUUUGUAAUUAGUAAA